GUCGAAUGAUUGGCGCCUACCAUCCGGCUAAUUCUGCUACCAUCCUUGUGUUGUGAGAUCUGUAAAAUCCACGGUCACCGCGCGGAUCACACGCAAGAGCCUGUAUCGUUUUAUUUCCGGGAAAGCGGUCCCCGACGGAGAGUUGUGUUUGAUAUUCUUUGUGGAUCUCACCGACUUCUUUCAUCAUGUUUCUUUACAAUAUUACCCUACAGAGGGCCACAGGCAUAAGCUUUGCCAUUUAUGGCAACUUUUCAGGAACUAAAUUGCAGGAAAUUGUAGUUUCACGUGGGAAAAUUUUGGAGUUGCUUCGACCUGAUGCCAACACUGGUAAAGUGCAUACACUUCUGACUGUGGAGGUGUUUGGUAUUAUACGCUCUCUUAUGGCUUUCCGCUUGACUGGUGGCACAAAGGAUUAUAUUGUAGUAGGCAGUGACUCAGGGCGCAUUAUCAUCCUGGAGUACCAUCCUUCUAAGAACAUGUUCGAAAAGAUCCACCAGGAAACCUUUGGAAAGAGUGGCUGUCGGAGGAUUGUACCUGGCCAGUUCAUUGCAGUGGAUCCCAAAGGCAGAGCUGUAAUGAUAAGUGCAAUUGAGAAACAGAAAUUAGUAUAUAUUCUAAACAGAGAUGCGGCAGCUCGACUCACAAUCUCUUCACCACUGGAGGCACAUAAGGCUAACACUCUAGUGUACCAUGUUGUAGGAGUUGAUGUUGGUUUUGAAAACCCUAUGUUUGCCUGCCUGGAGAUGGAUUAUGAGGAAGCUGAUAAUGAUCCAACUGGAGAAGCAGCAGCCAACACACAGCAGACACUGACAUUUUAUGAGUUGGACCUGGGACUGAACCAUGUUGUGCGGAAGUACAGUGAGCCCUUGGAAGAGCAUGGAAACUUCUUAAUUACAGUUCCUGGAGGAUCAGACGGGCCCAGUGGAGUGCUCAUUUGUUCAGAAAACUACAUCACAUAUAAAAAUUUUGGAGAUCAGCCAGAUAUUCGCUGUCCUAUUCCUAGGAGACGGAAUGACCUGGAUGAUCCGGAACGUGGCAUGAUAUUUGUCUGCUCCGCCACACACAAAACCAAAUCCAUGUUUUUUUUCUUGGCUCAAACUGAGCAAGGAGAUAUCUUCAAGAUUACAUUAGAAACUGAUGAGGACAUGGUAACAGAAAUCCGCCUGAAAUAUUUUGACACCGUUCCAGUUGCAACAGCUAUGUGUGUGCUUAAAACUGGCUUUCUCUUUGUGGCUUCGGAGUUCGGAAACCAUUACCUCUACCAAAUUGCUCACUUGGGUGAUGAUGAUGAUGAGCCAGAGUUCUCCUCUGCUAUGCCCCUUGAGGAAGGAGAUACUUUUUUCUUUCAGCCACGCCCUUUGAAGAACCUUGUGCUUGUUGAUGAACAGGACAGCCUCUCCCCUAUUAUGUCCUGCCAGAUUGCUGACUUGGCCAAUGAAGACACGCCCCAGCUAUAUGUUGCUUGCGGUCGAGGGCCACGAUCAUCUCUCCGGGUCCUGAGGCAUGGACUUGAGGUGUCUGAAAUGGCUGUCUCUGAGCUGCCUGGUAAUCCCAAUGCUGUAUGGACUGUUAGGAGGCACAUCGAAGAUGAAUAUGAUGCUUAUAUCAUUGUGUCUUUCGUGAAUGCCACUCUGGUACUCUCUAUUGGUGAAACUGUAGAAGAAGUGACAGAUUCUGGUUUUCUUGGGACUACUCCAACUCUCUCCUGCUCCCUACUGGGUGAUGAUGCUUUGGUUCAGGUGUAUCCUGAUGGCAUCAGACACAUACGUGCAGACAAAAGAGUAAAUGAGUGGAAAACACCAGGCAAAAAGAUCAUUGUGAAAUGUGCUGUAAAUCAGCGUCAGGUAGUGAUUGCUCUGACUGGAGGAGAGCUGGUGUACUUUGAGAUGGAUCCUUCUGGGCAGUUAAAUGAGUACACAGAAAGAAAAGAAAUGUCAGCUGAUGUGGUAUGCAUGAGUCUGGCUAACGUACCCCCUGGAGAACAGCGCUCCCGAUUCUUGGCCGUGGGGCUUGUUGAUAACACUGUUCGCAUCAUCAGUCUUGACCCUUCGGACUGCCUGCAGCCACUCAGUAUGCAGGCAUUGCCCGCACAGCCAGAGGCCCUGUGUAUUGUAGAGAUGGGUGGUGCAGAGAGACAGGAUGAGCUGGGAGAACGUGGCUCUAUCGGUUUCCUUUACCUCAACAUAGGCCUUCAGAAUGGAGUGUUGCUUAGAACAGUCUUAGACCCAAUUACUGGUGAUCUUUCUGAUACCCGAACUCGAUAUCUUGGCUCUCGACCUGUCAAACUCUUCCGAGUUAAAAUGCAGGGGCAGGAGGCGGUCCUGGCAAUGUCAAGUCGCUCCUGGUUGAGCUACUCUUAUCAGUCACGCUUCCACCUCACCCCACUUUCAUAUGAGACCCUGGAAUAUGCCUCUGGGUUUGCAUCUGAACAGUGUCCUGAAGGAAUUGUUGCUAUUUCUACAAACACACUGAGGAUCUUGGCAUUGGAGAAAUUGGGAGCCGUGUUUAACCAGGUGGCUUUCCCACUUCAGUAUACUCCACGCAAGUUUGUCAUUCACCCAGAAAGUAACAAUGUUAUCAUCAUUGAAACGGAUCAUAAUGCUUAUACUGAGGCUACAAAAGCCCAACGCAAACAACAGAUGGCAGAGGAAAUGGUAGAGGCAGCAGGGGAGGAUGAAAGAGAACUGGCAGCAGAGAUGGCAGCUGCAUUCCUGAAUGAGAAUCUGCCAGAGUCCAUCUUUGGCUCUCCCAAGGCUGGCAAUGGCCAGUGGGCAUCAGUCAUUCGUGUAAUGAACCCUAUCCAGGGAAAUACUCUUGAUUUGGUGCAACUGGAACAAAAUGAGGCUGCUUUCAGUGUGGCAGUGUGCCGCUUCACGAAUACUGGAGAUGACUGGUAUGUCUUGGUGGGGGUGGCUAAAGACCUUAUCCUGAAUCCCAGAUCUGUUGCUGCUGGAUUAGUAUACACUUACAAACUGGUGAAUAACGGAGAAAAAUUGGAAUUUGUACACAAGACACCUGUUGAGGAGGUCCCUUCGGCAAUUGCACCUUUUCAGGGGCGGGUUUUGAUUGGAGUUGGGAAGUUGUUGAGGAUAUAUGACCUUGGAAAGAAGAAGCUUCUGCGAAAAUGUGAAAAUAAGCACAUUCCCAACUUUAUUGUGGGAAUACAAACUAUUGGGCAGCGUGUGAUAUUGUCUGAUGUGCAGGAGAGUUUAAUAUGGGUGCGUUACAAGCGCAAUGAAAACCAGCUGAUUAUAUUUGCUGAUGACACAUACCCACGCUGGAUGACAACCUCCUGCAUCAUGGACUAUGACACAGUGGCUGGAGCAGACAAGUUUGGAAAUAUCUGCAUAGUUCGUUUACCUUCUAAUACCAAUGAUGAUGUUGAUGAGGAUCCUACUGGUAACAAAGCAUUAUGGGACAGAGGUCUUCUGAAUGGAGCAUCUCAGAAGGCUGAAGUAAUUGUAAAUUACCAUGUGGGAGAGACUAUUCUUUCGGUACAGAAGACUACACUAAUCCCAGGAGGCUCGGAAUCCCUGGUGUACACUACCUUAUCAGGAGGCAUCGGUAUCCUUGUACCAUUCACAUCACAUGAGGAUCAUGAUUUCUUCCAGCAUGUGGAAAUGCAUCUACGUUCAGAGCAUCCUCCAAUCUGUGGUAGAGACCACUUAAGCUUCCGCUCAUACUACUUCCCUAUCAAGAAUGUGAUAGAUGGGGAUCUUUGUGAACAGUUCAAUUCAAUGGAGCCAGCCAAACAGAAAAGUGUUGCAGAGGAACUGGACCGAACACCACCUGAAGUUUCCAAAAAGCUUGAAGACAUUCGCACCCGUUAUGCCUUUUAAUAGGGACUCUCUGUGCCAAUUCUCUUGCACUGCUCUGUCCUCUUCCCUUUUGACUUUUGUGUUUUUGUGCAACACAUUUGUUUUUUAUUUACAUCAUUGGCAUUCUGGGAGUAAGACUCACAAGAUUUGAAGCUGAUAAAAGAUAAAGUCUCACAGAAGAAGCUUUGGAUUUCAAAUUAAGGACAAUUGAUGCGUUCAUACUGCAGAGAUGCUUUCAUUAACAUGCAGAAUUGAAUGCAAUAAUAGUGGAGGCAGUGCUUUAGGAGCUCUUCUAAAUGGCCAUUUGUUUUUAAACAGUAGACCUUAUCUGGUGUACUCGUAACUGUGCAUUUCUUUUUAUGGUGGCCAUAUUCUGGCUGGCCCUUUAGCAUCUGACCAUUAGUCCCAUGAUGGAUACUGCAUAACGGACCAUACACCGGGGUGGCCAAAUGCAAUUGUUCUGUUUGUUUGGAUAGUUAGGCUGAAUGGCUGUCAGACAGGUGGUGAAGGAGUUGCAGCUCCUAUUAAUCUUUAUCUGCUGAUGCACCUGCCAGAAAAGUGCGCUGGUUGAUUGUAUUUUCAGUUUGGGCACCAAUCUGACAUGGAUGCGCAUAUAUGGUUAGCAUUUAAUACUUUUGGUCUCUGCCCUGAAAUUGUCAUGUUUUAUUGUCACUCGUUAACUUGUAAAUACUAUUUUGUAUAAUGACUUGUUUUGUAAAAAGUUUCAUGAAAUGACAACUUGAAGAUUCUGUCUGAAAAUUGUGACUGCGCAUCAAUAAAAAUAGUUUUUUUGUUAAAAA